AUGGUCCAAGAGGAGAAAGCUACUUUGAAGCCACCCCAAGAAGGAGAAAAUGAAGAUACACUCAAGGAAGAUCCCAUUCCUAAGCCCAAGCAGCUUGCCACACAAGCAAGGAGUAAGACUAAGGCCCCUACAUCCAAACCGCCCAAGGGAUCAUCCAAGAUUGAAGAUGAGACCAAGCCAAGAAGAAAGGUGAGAAAGCCUAGGUCUGGCCGCAUCAUGAAGCUUCUAUUCCCAAAGGAGCUUAUUGAUGAAAAUCUAGAAGGAUUCAAGGAGAGAUUGAUAAGAACUCUACAACUUUUUCCUAGGGAAUAUGUGCCAAGGGACAUCCAUGGAGAGAUUGUCUAUCCAGCUGUGAAUCACCCACCAGAUACUAAUUGCAAGGAGAAAAGACUUGGAGGAUCAAAGAUGCCUCUAGUCUCCAUCUUCUCCUGA